AAUCUAUAAUUUUAAAUUUAAUUGAUUUAACUUUUAUAUUUUAUAUUUAAUUAAAUUUUAUGCUAAAAUAGCGGGCAAAUUGAAAUAUUUUGAAGCAGAGUGAAGUGGCUAGAUGCAGCAAAAGUCGGUCGGUCGGUCGCGUAGACUAUGACUGCAUAGCUUAUAGCGCAUCCCUUUUAUCUCCAUCGACAAAACUAGCCCAUGGGCUUUGCAAUGGGAAGCUCCCACCUGUUGCAGUCUCACUUUCUCCCUUCUUCUUCUUUCUCCUCUUCUCAUUCCCAUUCUGUACUUCUUAAUGCUAAGAACUGUAAUGGGAAGACCAAGAAAAAGAGGGCAACCAUUGUUGCUUGUACGCGCCAAGAAGAUCCAGACGAUAUCGUUUUUAGCAAGAAGAGAGCAGUUCUCUUUGUGGGUAUUACGGUUCUUCCCUUCUUGCAACUCAGGGCCAGAGCUAUUGAAGGUUCAUUUACAAAAAGUGAGCUCAAGACACCUGAAGAUAACUCAAAAGAACAGCUUGCACUUCAAAGAUAUACACCACCAAAUCCCUUCCUGUCUCUUCUGAAUGUACUUGGUGUAUUUGGUACUGGUGUUAUUGGUGCGCUCUAUGCAUUGACUAAGAAAGAGAAGAAAGCUACUGAAACAGCAAUAGAAUCUAUGACAGCCAAACUGAAAGAGAAGGAAGCUGCCAUUGUGUCCUUAGAGAAGAACUUUGAGUCAAAGCUAUUGAAUAAACAGGAAGAAUGGACAAAGCAACUCAGAAGGGCAAAGGAUGAACAGCUGGUUCUUGUGAACCAACUAAAAUCAGCUAACAGUACAAUUACAGGGCUAGGACAGGAGCUGAAAAAUGAGAAAAGAACAGUUGAUGAACUCAAAUUUCAAAUGGAUAUUCUAGAAACCAACCUUUCAAAGGCUGAGGAAGAUAAGAAAGCUCUUGAACGAGAACUAAAGGAAAAGCUCAAUUCAAUUGAAGUCUUACAAGAUAAGACUAACUUGCUUAGUUUAGAGCUCAAAGAUGAGGAAGAUAAUGUUCAACAUCUCACCUCUUCACUUGCUGAAAAGGAAUUGGAAUUGAAGAACUUGAGUACUACGUACAAGGAAACAAAGGAUGAACUGGCCAAGGCACAAAGAGAAAUCACAGCAUUGAAAGAUGAACUUUGGAAAAAUAGAAAGGAACUGGAAUCGAAGAAUUCUGUGGUGGAUGAAUUAAAUUUGGCAGUGAGUUCUUUAAUGUUUGAGAGGGAUGAAUCUAACAAGAAACUCGAUGCUGUUCAGGAGUGCUACAGUGAUCUGAAGUUGUCCUCUGAAAAGAAGGCUGCUUUGGAUACUAAGCUGUUGGCAGAAAGAGAAGAUGAGCUUCACCAACUAAAGGAAAAGCUUGAGCUUGCUCUGAAUGAAGUAAGCAGAAACCAAGCCAUGAUUACAGAUUUGACACAGGUAAAGGUAGAUUUGAGAAAGAUGCUUGAUACAGAAUUGAACAAUGUGAUGAAUCUGAAACAUGAACUUCAAGGCACUCAGGAAGAUCUUGGGAAGUUGAGAAAUGAGGCAUCUGAUCUGGCAAAAGAACUGCAGCAGUCAAGAAAUAGGUGCACUGAUCUUGAGGCUGAGGUUUCUAGAGUUCAGGCUGAGUUUUCUGAAGCUGCAGAAACAAUGCGGAAGAGACUUGAGAAGGAGACACAGAGUGGUGAAGUGUUAGCCAAUGAGAUUAUAGCAGUGAGGGAACAACUGAUGAAAACUAAGGAUGAGAUGCAGUUGAUGUCCCAUGAACUGGCAGCCGUGACAGAAAAUCGUGAUAGUGUGCAGAAAGAAUUGAUAGAUGUCUAUCAGAAAGCCGAAGUCACAGCCAAUGAACUAAGAGAAGAGAAAAAAAUAGUUUCUUCUUUGAACAAAGAGCUACAACGGCUGGAGAAUCAAAUCAUGAAGGACAGGGAGGCAAGAAAAUCUCUUGAAACAGAUCUAGAAGAUGCUACUAAAUCACUGGAUGAGAUGAAUCGAAAUGCAUUGAUACUUUCUGGGGAGCUAGAGAAAGCUAAUUCUAGGAUUUCUAACCUUGAAGAUGAGAAAGAGGUGCUUUACAAGUCCCUAACAAAGCAGAAGAACGCAUCUAAAGAGGCCCAAGAGAAUAUGGAAGAUGCCCAUAGCAUUGUCUUGAUGCUUGGCAAGGAAAGGGAGAUUUUGGAGAAGAAGGCAAAGAAAUUUGAAGAAGAAUUGGCCUUUGCCAAGGGUGAAAUAUUGAAAUUAAGGAGUCAGAUAAAUUCCUCAAAAACUCCUGGAAAAGAGCAGAAAUCUCAGAAAAGUGAAGCAGAAGACAAGAUCUCUGUUACUGCGAAGAGAACUGGCAGAAGAAGAAGAGCCAACUCCCAGUGAAGUAUUUUAAAAGUAAUUCACGGAUUGCCAAUAUUAAUAUCUGACUAGUUCUCCUAUUAUAAAUUGUUUUGCUGUUAUCAACCUUCAAACUGUCUAUUUCAGGGUUUUCAUCCAUUUCAUCUAUAUGGAGAUUUUUCCCCAUACCAGUGUAUGUAUAGAUUUGAGCUUGAUGCAUAAAAAUGAGGAAAUCCUUGUUCGUAA